AUGACGAAUUUCCUAUACGCCAAAAACAAGAUUGGAUUGGUUAAUGGAUCAAUGCAGAAACCAGAAUCAACAUCACCCAUGUACAUGGCUCGGAUGAGAGCCGAUGCCAUGGUCAAAGGAUGGCUAACAACGGCCAUGGAGAAGGACAUUCGGACCAGUAUCAGAUAUGCAAAUACUGUGGCUGAGAUCUGGAAGGACCUUGAAGAAAGAUCCGAAAAAGAGGGGGCACCACGUGCCUAUGAAUUGAAACAGUCCUUGAAUGUUGCCAGGCAGGAUGGGGCUUCCAUCUCGUCCUACUACACGAAACUAAAGGCGGUAUGGGAUGAGAUACAACUGGUUCUACCUAUGCCUCGUUGCACCUGCAGUGGAUGUAGUUGUGCCCUUGGAAAAAGAUUUAGCGAGCUUAAGGAGAAAGAAAAGAUCUAUGAAUUUCUCAUGGGUCUAGAUGCCGAUUUUUCUAUCAUACGUACUCAGAUCCUAGCUAUGAAACCCACUCCGUCAUUGACUGCAAUAUACCAUCUCGUAGCUGAGGAUGAACAGCAACGGGCUAUAUUUGGAGGUUCAAAAAGAAUUAGCGACGAGGCAGCGACUUUUCAAGUUGACCUCGCUGAGAAGAAAGUCACACGGGGACAAACAACUCGUGCAACAAACAAGACACUUCCAAGGGCAUUCAAACAAAACAACGACAAAGCAGAAAAGUGUACUUUCUGUGGGAAGGAUGGGCACAAUAAAGAUGGGUGUUUCAAGAAGAUAGGAUACCCGGAUUGGUGGCCUGGAAAGAAAGACAAACCCAAACCGAAGGCAACUUGUGUAGGGACUGGUCCGAGUCCCAUACCAGGGAUAACCAACGAACAAUAUGAUCUCUUUGUGAAACACUUCAAGUAA